AGUAAUGGCGGGUGGCAUGUGGAAGGCGUGUGGUGUGUAAGCUUGUGGCACGCGACGGCCUCAUUGCGGGCCGCAAAGAAGGCGAAGGCACUAUACUACUGACUACCAUGACCGCCAUACAAGCCGUCUACGUACGCGGGCAUGAGGAACGCCCCGAUCCUAAGCUUCAUAUUGUUUACCGCAUCGAAAUUCAAGCCCAUGUCCGCUCAUGGCAAAUGUGGAGACGCUACUCUGAGUUCGUGGAAUUACACACAGAACUUACAAAGUCCACAGGCUCUUCACCCCCGGCACCUCUACCACCCAAAAACUCCCUCGCCAUCCUCCGCGGACCUUUCAGAGACAGCAGUAGCAUGACCGAGGAGCGCCGGGUUGGCCUCGAGACAUACUUGCGCGCCAUAAUCAGCGCAAAGGAUGACAAAUGGCGAGAAUGCUAUGCCUUCCGCGACUUCCUUGGUGUGCCAGUCGGCCGCCAGGGCACCACGGCUGAAGGCGGCACCUCCUCCAAACAGUUCUCUUCUUCCUCCUGGCUCGACGAGCACCUCGAGCUGCAGGCCAAGAUCCGCGACAUCCGCGCAGACAUCAACAAGCGGGAUGCGCUUUCUGAUCGGGGAGACGUCAGUGCAUCGCAUACUGCGAAUGUUCAGGCGAAGAAGAAGCUCGCGGAGACCCUUUCCCGGGUGCGUACGCUCAAGCAGGGCCUGCAGGAACUCGGCAUGGCAGCUAUGGCGCAGGGAGAGCUGCAACGCCGUACAGAUAUGGUCGCACGCUUGCAGGAUGACUGCGAGAAGCUGGGAAAGAUGGUCACCGUCACUCGACAGGCGUCUCGUCUUGCGGCCGCCCCUUCCUCACAGGGCUUCACGAAUGUUGCCAUCGCUCCCGAAUCAGAUCGGGCUGCGCUGCUGAGCCUUAGCAGACCAGUCACGCGAGUGUUUGGUGCUAAAAAACCUCAAGAGACGGAGAUGACGAGACCACUUGACGAUCAGGGUCUUGUCCAGUUGCAGAACACUCAGUUGGAUCAGCAAGAUAGUCAACUUGCUACACUCACGCACAUACUACAACGGCAGAGGCACCUUGGGGAGGCAAUCGGUGCUGAGCUUGCGGUGCACAACGAGUUGUUGGAUGAACUGAAUAACGACGUCGAUCGUGUUGGGGGUAAACUCAUCAGCGCAAAGAAGCAGCUCAACCGCCUUGGAUGAGUGAGAUCAAGACAGUUUUCCAAUUUUGAGUAGGGAUGUACGAGGUGCUACACAUAUACCAAUAGUUAACGUUUUGACAUCUAGAAAACAUUGAAUUAAUGUAGAUAAUGCUGAUGUUGAUGAUGUUGACGAUGCUCCAUGUAAAUAUAAUAUAGGUCUAGCUAGUCUUGGUCCUUCUUCUCCAAAAACUUACCAACUCCCUGAGAUAGAUUGGUAAGCUACACGUUUCAACAGCAUAGAGUAACCAUACCUCAAAACAUGCAAUCAUAAUC